CUUCAACAAUAAAGCCUAAAGAUGCAGAUUUGGCGCCUCAGUUGUAUCCUUGUUCUUUUUAUCGUUAUAAAUGGACUGGAUGGAAAAACAGUUGACUCAGUGACUCAGAGGAAAAGAGGACUUUACUUUGGUCUUAUGAUAUCAUGUGAAACUGGACGCAGUUUCGUUGAUUACUUGGAUUAUGGUUGUUUUUGUGGUUUGGGUGGAAAAGGUAUCCCCGUGGACAAACUUGACACAUGCUGCUAUGAGCACGACAAUUGCUAUGGGGAUUUGGUGGAAAAGAAACUUUGUCAUCUUGAAAUUUCGACUUAUUCCAUCACCUACAAGUAUACUGGAUGUUCAACUUGUGCUGAACCUAAUCAGUACAGUUGGUGGGAUAGUUUUGGUUACGAGUCAGUCGCUUGUCGCAAAGCAUUGUGUGAUUGUGAUUCUGUGGCUGCCCGGUGUUUCAAGAAUUCUCCGUUCAACAACCACUUCAAACAUUAUGAUCAGGAUAAAUGCGUAUGAACGAUGUCUGGCGAAAAUCGAUAUAAUGAAGACAAUUUCCUACUUUAUUUUGAGUUUUUGAUUUGCCUACUUUGUAGUGUUAAUUACGUAGUUAAUUGUAACUGAACUACAAUCCUGUAGACUGUAGUGUCAACUGUAGGAUUAGUUACAUCAAUGUAAUGCGUGUAGAUUAUGGAGAUUUCAUUUGCAGAUUAUAGUGGAAAUU